CUUUUUCAUUCCUCAAUAUUCCCCCCUCUGUUCUAAAGUGUUGGGCGUAGUUUAAGCAGAGAGGAUGCGCAGGAUUAGAGAUCACCAUUGUUCCAACAUGAUGCUCGAUAAUAAAUUCUUGUUUCUGUCUGCAUUUUUUUGCAUUGCCGUUGCUGGCGUUUUAGGCCAAGCUCCUCCUACUCCUAGUAAUCCUCCUACAUCUAGUAAUCCUCCUACAUCCACGCCGGCGCCUCCCACGCCCCCACCUUCCACACCUCCGCCUUCCACUCAACCACCUCCGACACCGACCGCUACUCCACCGCCGGCUUCCACUCCUCCUCCCACUUCAUCACCACCUCCGGUGACAACUUCUCCACCCCCGGUUUCAGCUCCUCCUCCAGCAACACCCCCACCCGUCAGCACUCCUCCCCCGGUUUCAACUCCUCCUCCAGCAACUCCCCCACCCGUCAGCUCUCCUCCUCCUGCUUCCCCGCCUCCAGCCUCUCCUCCACCGGCUUCUCCACCUCCAGCCACUCCUCCACCGGCUUCUCCACCUCCAGCUACCCCUUCACCAGCUCCUUUGGCUUCCCCACCAGCCGCGGUUCCAGCACCGGCACCUAGCAAGCCGAAAGCUAAAUCUUCAGCACUAUCACCGCUGGCCUCGAGCCCACCGUCUUCAUCAACUGAGGCACCUGCUCCCAGCCUCGGCGCUUCUUCACCAGGCCCAGCUGGAACCGAUGUGAGUGGAGUAGAGAAGAUGGUUGGGAGCUGGGUGCUUGGAUGCGCUGUUCUGGGUUUGAUGCUUUAAAGGAUUGGUGUCUUUGGUUUUCCCAGUUUCAGUGUUUAUUUACGUUUCCAUAUAAUAUUAUUACUGGGUGAUGUCUCUUUUACUAUGCGUAUUUGAUGGGGUUGUAAUGUAUUAUUCUUUGCCACA